AGGGGCGCGCGCAUCAGAGCGAUCUGUAUUGCUUAAAGUUGAAGUAAGCAGAGUCGGAACUCACUUGAAAUAGCAUUGACUUAGGUAGACGCUUAGUGGACACAUCUUUUUUUCAUAUAACAAAAAACCUCACAGGGUUUAGCUUUUUUCUGAAUUGUUUAUAGGCUACACAACGUUUUGGAUUUUCUCCCUGGAAUGAAACCAUGGAACUUAAACCAGCGUGGAAACUACGACUGCCUUGAAAUCUGGUCGCAGUCGUUCAAUGAAUUUUCCUCUCCAUCGUAGGAGAGUGCUGCGUAUAGGCUAUUCACGCAGACGGGAUACCGCAGAAGUCUCUGAGCGGAAUUACACCUCUAGUAGAAAAAAAACGGCUGCUGUCUACAGAAUUUGGUGGUACCUCUCCAGGAAACGAGAGUAAACAAAUUACACCAGGGUGUUUGCAGAAUAAACAAUAAACGCAGGGUAGAAAAUGGAGACGGUGAUGGAGAGAGAAUGCAGUGCGCUUGGAGGACUUUUUCAAACAGUCAUUGGCGACAUGAAGAGCAGUUAUCCAGUGUGGGAGGACUUCAUCAGCAAAGCUGGCAAACUGCAGUCCCAGCUCAGGACAACAGUGGUUGCCGUGGCUGCCUUCCUCGAUGCCUUCCAGAAAGUGGCCGACCUGGCAACUGGUAGUCGAGGAGGCACCAGGGACAUCGGAUCAGCCCUCACCAGGAUGUGCAUGAGGCACAGAAGCAUCGAGGCCAAGCUGAGGCAGUUCUCCAUGGUGUUCAUCGACUGCCUGAUCAACCCGCUGCAGGAGCAGAUGGAGGAGUGGAAGCGGGUGGCCAACACCCUGGACAAGGACCAUGCCAAAGAGUACAAAAAGGCCCGACAGGAGAUCAAGAAGAAAUCCUCUGACACGCUCAAACUGCAGAAGAAAGCAAAGAAAGCUGAUGUGUUUGGCCGCGGGGACAUCCAGCCACAGCUGGACAGCGCCAUGCAGGACGUGAGCGACAAGUACCUGCUGCUGGAGGAGACGGAGAAGCAGGCAGUCAGGAAGGCGCUGAUUGAGGAGCGCGGGCGCUUCUGCACCUUCGUCACCAUGUUGCGCCCCGUCGUGGAAGAGGAGAUGUCCAUGCUGGGAGAGAUCACCCACCUGCAGGCCAUUUCUGAUGACCUCAAGACGCUGACCAUGGACCCACACAAACUCCCCCCCUCCAGCGAGCAGGUAAUUAUAGACCUGAAGGGCUCAGACUACAGCUGGUCUUACCAGACGCCCCCGUCCUCUCCCAGCACCACAGUGUCCAGGAAGUCCAGCAUGUGCAGCAGUCUAAACAGUGUGAACAGCAGUGACUCACGCUCCAGCGGCUCCCACUCCCACUCGCCCACCUCCCACUACCGUUACCGUGGCUCCGCCCCGCCCCAGCAGGGCCCCGCCCGCCUGCCCAGCGUCUCCUCGCACGACUCCGGCUUCAUCUCCCAGGACGCCUACCAGUCCAAGUCCCCGUCCCCCAUGCCCCCCGAGACCAGCCCACAGCCCUCUUCUGAGUCCAGCUCGUCGGACGCCUCUGAGUCUGGUCAGCCCAGCAGCGAGGGCAGCCCACAGGCCCCUCAGGGGCCCACUCAGCCCAGCCCCAACACUGAUGGGGAGAAGGACUGGGCUAAGCCUGGGCCCUAUGACCAACCCAUGGUGAACACGCUGAGGCGGAACAAGGAGAAGCGUGAGCCCAGAGAACCCACGAGCCCCCUGGCAGGAGAGGCCAGCACUGCUGGGGAGGACCCACAGAGACCCAGGACCAUCCACCCAACCAGUCCUCCUAAGCAGGAGGAUGCAGAGGCCCAUGAGGAGUUGGCCAUGGCCCUGAGCAGAGGCCUGCAGCUUGACAUCCAGCACUCCAGCCGAGACUCCCUCCAGUGCUCCAGUGGCUACAGCACCCAGACCAACACACCCUGCUGCUCUGAAGACACCAUCCCCUCACAAGUGUCAGAUUACGAUUACUUCACUGUGGGCGGAGAGCAGGAAGUGGACCAGCAGGACUUUGACAAGUCCUCCACCAUCCCGCGGAACAGUGACAUAAGCCAGUCUUACCGACGCAUGUUCCAGGCCAAGCGGCCGGCCUCCACUGCAGGGUUGCCGUCCAACGCCGGCCCGGUCAUCCUCACACCGGGCGUGGCCACCAUCCGCCGCACGCCCUCCUCCAAGCCCAACCUGCGCCGGCCGUCCGGAGGCGGCAUCGGGCCCAUCCCCAUCCGCACGCCCAUGGUGCCCGUCAAGACUCCCACCGUGCCCGAGUUCCCCGCCGGCCUGCCCUUCAGCGAGGAGAGCGAGACGUGUUCGCCCACCAGCCCUGCUGGGUCGCCCACCGCAACGGCCACCGGGGCAGCAAACACCAGCGGCAACAGCCCCAUGUCUUCGCCACCAGCUCACACUCCAGGCGUGGAGCCCCACGGCGACGCUAACGCAGAGGAGGCCGACACCCAGAACGCCCAGGGAGACAACAUGCUCCUGGCCAUCCGCCGGGGGGUGAAGCUGAAGAAGACCACAACCAACGACCGGUCGGCCCCGCGCAUCGCCUGAAACCCCAUCCCACCUACUGCAUAAGCGUGUAAGCAGUAAGGUGGGGAAUAGGGGUCUAAGAUGUAGCAAGAGUUUGUGUUGAGGUAUAACAUGACAUUCGUGUCCAUACCUGUAGCAGUAGGAAGUGAAAUAUGGGGUCAGGAUGAGGUGUCCUCAGAAAUAUAUGUAGGUCUCGGAGAACGGAGGGAUUGGAGCAUUUGAUUUUAAUAUUUCCAUGACUUUUCAGAUUAGACGAAAAAAGGCUCUGUCUUUGUUUUGUACAUAAAUAAUUCUAAUUAUAUUUUGAAGUGUUAUACAGUAUGUUUAUAUGUUUCUUUUUUGUCAUUGAUGCUCCAUUUGUAAUCCCCAUUUCUGAAAAAAAUGUGCCAAAAGCCUCAAAGCUGAGCGUUUUUCAAUAGUUUCAUUUCACUUAAUAGGAUUUAUCUUUUCUGUGAAAAUGCCAGAGAUUAUGAAAAAGUAAAGCAAUGACAAGAGUUAGGGUGGGCAAUCUACUAGAUAGAACUCUUAAAACUGAAAGAAAAGUGCACUAGAGAACAGCCAAAACUGCGAUAUGGCAUCAUCUCUUAAAUAUGUCCCUUAUAAAACUCAUUUGAUACGUCCCAGUAACGUGCAUGCCCAAUCUGAAAGUUUAUUGUGACCAGUCUUUUCUGGACACAUACUUUAAUUGCCUGUGCAGUGUCAGGCAGUAUUGUAAAUAGAACACACGGUCUAAUUAGUCCAGAAACACACAUUUGUAUGUUUCAACUGAAGUCUGGGUAAGACGCAAGAGUGUGUGAGUGUCUGGUGGAGAUUGAGUAUACCUUUUUGCCCUUCAUGUCCAUCUUUGUAUUCAGUACACUACACUUCACUGGAGUGAUACACUUUGGCAAAAGCCAACGUGUAGAUAAACCCAAGGACGUUUGAAAGACAUUCAACCCAUGGUCAAACAUUUCUUUAAAGUUUUCAGAAAAGUCCUCUCUAAAAGUAAAAAUAUAUACAGUAUGUUUUUUCUCACGGUGAGCAAGAAUUUCUGUAGACAGUCAAUGUCAUGUCGCUUCACAGGAACUCCUUUUGUAACUUUGUUACAAUCAUGGAGUCAGCAGUGAUGCCAUACUCCCUUACUUCUGUUCACACUGGUGGUAUACACAUUUGGGUUUGGGGAGCUCCUUCAGUCGAAGCUUUGUGUUUUUAAAUAAUUCUUGAUAUAUAUUUUUGCCCUUAACUUAUUUCAACACACGAAGACUCCUGCAAGAUCAGGAGGUCUACAAAGAACCUACAUUUCCCCAAGAACCACUGUAAAUCCACCAAGUAUUCAAAGCCAUUACCUCAUUGACGUAAGACUACAGCAGUCUAAAACAGUUUUCCCCAGGGAAGAGCUAGCUCAGCUACACUGUCGACAUGAACUUUUCUCACAAAACGUAUAAAGAAAUGUAUUUCUGCAUGUUGCUUUCAGAGUAUUAAUGCGCAUCACUUUAAAAAACAACUAUUUAUCCAAAUAAAUUCCCUCUUUCCCCCGCUCACCACAUCCCCAUUUUAGAGCCGUUGAAUAUAUUGUGCAGCGACUGAGGUCUGCACUGUUGUCCCAGAAAAAGCAGACCUCUAUAAUGUGCGUAGAACAGAGUAGCUGAUGCGACAUGCAUAUGACGCUGACCUUAUUGACUGUCUGCACCUGUGUGAUUUCCUGUCUUGAUUACAACAUAAGUGGUUUAUUAUAAAUGUCAAACAACUCUAGCUGUAACUAUGUGUUGUUUUCUUUUUUCCAGAGUACAGCUGUUUAGAUAAGUUGCCAAAAUGUUACCUUUGUAAAAUAACCCAGAUGUUCAAAACGCAUAGGUUUGGUGUUUUUAACCCGUUGUUGAAAGCAGAUGGUCAAACUUCAGGAUUUCUUAGACACUGUUGCUAAUGCUUGCUUCAGUACCAUGUCUGUGUAUGAAGAGUUGACUUUUUGUUUAUGUUUUAUAUCCUGUCUCCUCUGACCUAUCAAAGAUGGUUCCUGUUUAUGUAGUUCUAUCCCCUCUCUCUGUCAAACAGUUUUCAGCUUACAAUAAAGGUGUUGAAAAGAAAA